UCCCCAUAUUUCAGGUUGCAGUUGGAGGCAGCACUGAUACCUGUCUAGUCUGUCGGGUCCAGCUGAUCUGAGAUUCAGAGAGGCGUUGACUUGAACGGGCGGACAACAGGGAGAGCAGCUCACAGACUUUGUAAUUAAAUGGCAGCUAGCAAGUCUGGUUUCAUGUGGGACCUGCCUCGAUGUAGGAGACUCUAAAAACGGCGUUAUGGCCAUGGAGAGCAGCGUGUGGAGUACCUGUGACUACAGCCACAAUGUCACCUUCUUCUACAACUGGGUGGGUAAGAAAUUGAACUUAGUGUGGACGACGCGGGACUCUGUGGUAAUCGGACUGGGCUUGACGGUAUGUCUCAUUGUAGUCCUAGCCAACCUGAUGGUGAUGGUGGCCAUCUCCAUGAACCACCGCUUCCACUUCCCCAUCUACUAUCUCCUUGGCAACAUGGCAGCAGCUGACCUGUUUGCAGGCAUCGCCUACGCCAACCUGAUGUUGAACACGGGCCCCUGGACCAGAAUGCUCACCAAGAAGCAGUGGUACAUCCGCGGUGCUUUGAUUGACAUCAGCCUGACGGCCUCUGUGGCCAACCUUCUGGCUGUUGCCGUGGAGCGCCACCAGACCAUCAUCACCAUGCAGCUGCACAGCAACAUGACCAAGCGGCGAGUGUUGCUGCUCAUAGUCGGCAUCUGGGCUGUGAGCAUCAUCAUGGGCCUGGUGCCCUCGAUGUUUUGGAACUGCGAGUGUGAUCUGGAGGACUGCUCUACCGUCGCUCCUCUCUACAGCCGCCACUUCCUCAUCUUCUGGGCAGUUCUUAACCUGCUUACUUUCUGUAUCAUGGCGGCUGUGUACACUCGUAUCUUUAUCUAUGUGAGAUACCAGACCAGGUGCGUGUCCCAGCACACCUUGGAGAUGCGGCACCAGCAGACUGUUGUCAACCUGAUGAAAACAAUCUCCAUGGUUCUGGGCGCCUUUGUAAUCUGCUGGAUGCCUGGCCUUGUGACUCUCUUACUGGACGGGCUGUUAGGUAAAGCAAGCCACGCCAACGUCUAUGAGAAAUUCUGUUUGGCGAUAGCAGAAUGCAACUCUCUGGUCAAUCCUAUCAUCUACACUCUGCGAGACGACGAGAUGCGGAGGACAUUCAAGUGGAUCUUGUGCUGCCUGUGUCGGAGAGGUGACGGCCAGCAGAGGGAGCUGUCACCCGUCGAGAUGGAUUCCCCUCUGCCAGAGGAAACCCUUGACUGUGUCCCGAGGUCGCAAGAGCAGGCAGUCGGCACGGAAACAAACUAUAAAGAAUACAAUUCGACAAUGACAGGGGUAUGAUGACUGUAGGCCUGCAAUAUAAACCCAAAUCUUGGCUUUGAAUGUCAUCCAACCAGCCCACGUUGUUAUAAUGACCUCUCUUUCUUGUUUGCAUUUGUAAAUUGAAUGACAUAUAUAUAUAUAUAUAUAUAUAAAGAUGAAUCUUUUGAAAAGGAGUUUAUCCAUGUUAGACAAAUGCUUUUAUUUCUCAGGAUAGUGUUUUCCUCGGUCUCGACGAGGCUGACAGAGUCACAUAUUAAUCAUCAGAUGGUGCAAUCUCUCCUUUUAUUAUGUUUGACUAUCACGAGAGCCUUUGUGACAAAUUAUAAAAUGAAACACCUACUGAAUCUGAACCUAUCUGAAAUCAAAUACUGAAAAAUCACACUAAAUCAUUUUUAUUAAUUUUCUACUAAGAACACUACAAUUUGUCAUAUUCUUCCUUUUGUUUGACUCUUUCUAGAACAAUUCUAAAGUUUGAGGUAUAAAAGGAGUUCAUACAGACUCACAAGUCUGAAAACAGUGGGGUUAUAUACAAGAGAAAUGGAAAGACAGAGGUAGAGAGAGGGGUAAAUACAAGGGAAAGAGGGGAGAUACAAAUAUACUAAUAAAAGCAAAAGAAAUCAAAAAGGUUUAAGAAGCCAUUUGGUGCUGCGAAAGUCAUUUAGUCUCUUGUAGAAUCAAAACAAUAUUUAAACAUGGUCAAUAAUAAAAAUGAGUAAAAUUAAGUUCUGUAUAGAUUUGCAGAUCAGUUGCAAAAAUUCAGGGGACCAUAUAAUGUUUACACUGACGUCUGAGCUUUAGGCGGGAAUGAUUUUGCUGUACUUAUUUUUGAGGCGAGCAAAGUGUAGACCAUCUGCUGGAAGGUGAAGGGCUGCCUCUUCAGGUUUUAGGGUCACAAGAACACUAACAAUUUUAAAUGAUGUUGCCAUUAAGUAGUUAGUCGAAUUCCUCAAACUAAAUUUGGUAUUGUCCUCCUCCGUCGUAUGCAAAUAUAGUGGUUGCAUAUUAUCCCAAUAUUUCUGCAUUAAAAAAUGAGCUGCUUGAAUAAUUUCUGGGGAUAAACUUUCCCCAAACACGCAACAUCUGCACAAUUUAACUGUCCACGUAACUAUUACGCCUUCUGCCACAGAACGUUCAGCUUCUUAAUGUAACAAUUUGAGCAUGUU